GGGGUUUUUAAGUGUUGGGUCCCAUCUUUUGUGUAAAAACCGGUGAUAGAAGAGAUGAAAUUAAGAUCGAUUUUGGUCUAUUUCUUGGUCUGUUUCUUGCACUGUUUGCGGAUCCUGCUGGUGCGUUUUUUAUUUUUUAAUUUUUUUUUAUCAGAUAAAAAAAAAAUUGAACCUAAGAAACCGUGCAGCUGUAAUAAUUGUCUCAGACGUUUAAUGUCUCUAUAAAAUGACACGAAAACAUCCUUAAAACUAACAUUUUGAAUUUUCCAAUCAACAACAACAAUGGCAAACCAACUUCAAGAUCCCUUAACCACUUCCCCUAAUCUCAUAAAAGAAGCGGUGACCCUGCAAGCAGAUAGCCUCGUGACCACAAUGGCCUUACCCAUGGUUCUUAAAGCGGCCUUGGAGCUUGGCGUCAUCGAAACGAUGACAGCCGUAGAUGAAGGCGUGUGGCUCUCGUCUUAUGAGAUUGCGCUUCGUCUCCCAACCAAACCAACCAAUCCGGAGGCACCGGUUUUGUUGGACCGGAUGCUAACUUUACUAGCCAAUCACUCGAUCUUGAAGCACCGUAUGGUUGAUACAGGAGAAAACGGAGAGACCAAGACGAUAUAUGCAGCUGGACCGAUUUGCAUGUUUUUCUCGAACCGUGGAGAAUGCUCGGGUUCUCUUGCGCCUCUCUUCAUGAUAAACCUAAGCGAAGUUUAUUUGAAGACAUGGAUGCAUCUCAAAGACGUGAUAUUAGAAGGAAAGGAUGCAUUCACCUCUGCUCAUGGCAAGAGUUUUUUCGAAUACAUUUGUUCGAACGAACAAUUCGCUGAGAUGUUUAACGGGGCUAUCUCAGAAGCUUCAAGGUUGACCAUGAAUAAGGUUUUAGAAGUUUACCGAGGAUUUGAAGAUGUAAAAAUUUUGGUGGAUGUGGGAGGAGGAAAUGGAACUGCUAUAAGUCUAGUGAUUUCCAAAUAUCGUCAUAUUAAGGGCAUCAAUCUCGAUCUAGCCUGUGUUAUAGACGAUGCUCCUCUUUAUCCAGGAGUGGAGCAUGUUUCAGGAGACAUGUUUACAGAAAUUCCAAAAGGAGAUGCUAUGUUUUUGAAAUGGAUACCACAUUGUUGGAAUGACGAAGACUGUGUAAAGAUACUAAAAAAUUGUACGAGAAGUCUCUCCGAAACAGGAAAAGUGAUAAUAGUCGACGUGCUUAAACCGACACAACCAAAUAUCAAAGAUUUGUAUUCGACCAAUGCUUUCGCCAAGGACAUGGUGAUGCUUACGUUUUUAUCGGGUGGCAGGGAGAGGUCUCUUCACGAGUUCCAGACUCUGGCCUUUGCUUCCGGGUUUCGUCGUUUUCAAAUCGCUUGUUGUGUCGAUUCGUAUUGUAUUAUCGAACUCCGCAAAUAAAUUCAUAAGUUUACAAAGAAGUACUCGUACAUGUGGGAACAAGGGGUGAAGACAGGUUAUUGGUCAUGGCGCCAUGUACACCCCAUAAAAAUCAUAUAUUUAUAAUUGUGUGCUUAAAACCAUUGAAACAUUGUUAGCUGAAAUGGUAUAUAAAUAAACUUAUGCAUCAUCAAUC